UGCCAACGUUAUUGUCGAAGUAUCGGCAAUACACUGCAGCGGGUUUUUUUUCCUGAAGACUAAUAACUAAUUAUAUUCAGCUUUUUGGAAGAUUCGAAUUUCGAAAGAUAAGUCUGGUUUAUAAUGGCUAUGUCCAAUCAGGAAAAAGAAAAGCAACAUCUUACAGUGUAUGGCUUGUGUGAGGCUAUAUGUAGUACAGCUGAAUUUGAGUGUUCGCUUGAGGACAUUCUAGACAAGAAGGCCGCUGAGGCAAAGAGGAAAGUCUGGAAAAUGGAAAUAAAAAGAGAAAAUAGGGAAGAGAAGAGAUCAGAAAAAGAUGAAAGUAUGGUAAUGGUAAUAGAAGCAAAGAGAUCAGAAAAAGAUGAAAGUAUGGUAAUGGUAAUAGAAGCAAAGAGAUCAGAAAAAGAUGAAAGUAUAGAAAGAGAAGAAAUGAGAUCAGAAAAAGAUGAAAGUAUGGAUAGAGAAGAAGAGAAACCAAAAUUGGGUUUGGAUAUAUCAACAGAGCUGAGAUCAGAAAAAGAUAAAAGUAUAAAUAUAGAAGAAAUAGAUGUGGAUAUAUCAACACAGCAAAGACGAGAAAUGAUAAUAACAAAGCCUAUCCACGUGCAGAGAAUUGGAGAGAACCCAUUGAAGAAUGCCGUCGGACAUAUAAUUAAGGAUCCUGUCCAGAAUUCUGAAUCUAAAGGAUCAAUUGAUGACAAAGAAACGAUGAAGGACAAAAAGAAAAGGAAAAGAGAAAUGAUGAAAUAUGAAAAAUUACUGGAGAAAAAAGCCAAAGAAGAAGAAAAGGAUGUUAAAGCACAAAAUAAAGCAGUCGACAAGGGUAUGAAAAAAUACUCAAAAGAUGUCCAAUCAACAUGGAAGAAGGAAGAAAAGAGGAAGGCACAGAUGAAAAAGAUGGGUGAAAAAGCACAAAGGAUGUUGGAAAAAGAAAUGAGGAAGAUCGAAAAAGAAAGAUUAAAAGACGAAAAGAAGAAAGUAGUCCCAGCUAUCGAUGUUGCUGAGGAAAAACAAAAUGAUUUGAAAAUAGUUAUUACAAAUGAGGAGACAGAGAAAAACGGAGAAGAAAACAAGAAAACGGACCAAACUAUCAAUGUCAAUGAUGAAAAACAAAAUGAUUUAGAGAAGACACAGACAGAGGCAGGGUUGGUUAAAGAAGAAAAAACUAGCUGCGAUGUCAUUGAAAUGAAUGAAAGAAAAGAAAAUGGCAAAAAAGACACAAAAGACAUUGAAAUGAAUACCAAUAAUGUCGGAAAGAAAACCACAUUUGCUGCAAGAAUCAGUGGAUUCUUUCGAUCCUUAUCGUGUUUCAAAGGAGAGAAGAAAAGCAAAGAUGUGUGUUGAUGAACUGUUUUUAUUCAGUGUUAUUUUAUUUUCGUUGUUUUCAUAAUAAAAAAACCAAAAUCAAUGGUAUUUAGCCUUGAAA